CGCAUUCGUUACGCUCACUGGUUCUCCGGGCUGCAGACACAUAUACUCGGGGCCUGUGAUGUGAAAGCGACCAGAACAGACAGAGACACUGACCGACGCGUUGCUGCAGUUUUCGAGCCCGCAUUCUUCUCGGACAGUGGAGCUGGACAUGGAGCUUUACUCAGAGGCGCUGCAGUACCUCGCAUCCCAUGGUCUACCUGCAAUGGAAGAGGAGGAGGAGGCUGUAGAUUCAGACCUGUUGCAGGACGUGUUCAGUGAUGACACAGGCUGGGUUCCUAACAGCACUGAGGUCCCCGGUCUUCCAGACACACCGACCUACAGAAGCCCAGAGGACCUACUGGAGAAGAGGCUGCUGUUGCUCAGAGAGAUUUUAAUCAGUGAAGAGGUCUACCUGUCUGAGCUGGAGACACUGCUCACGCCUAUGAAGGCUCUGAGGGCCUCAGCUGGUACGUCUCAGCCCGUGUUGUCUAUAGAGCAGGUCCAGAUAGUGUUCUACCAGCUGCCGGAGCUCAGAGAUCUCCAUAAAGAAUUCCACAGUGGCCUCAGGGCCAGACUACAGUCUGUGGACAUGGAACCAGGUAUACCUGUACAGCUACAGCAGAGAGACCUUCAGCUGUCUGUGGGAGACCUCUUCCUGAAGUUUGUGAGCCAGUUAGGACUGUACAGAGGGUUUAUUGAUAAUUACGAGAGCGCGGUUCAGAUCGUGAGGAAGAGCACCCAGUCAAACCCACGAUUCCGAGUCCUUGCUGAGAGCAUGAUGUACAGCAAAGGGUCAGAUGGCUUUAGAACUAAGUACACCUUUGAAGCUCUCCUCUACAAGCCUCUGGACAGGGUGACGAAGACUACUUUAGUGCUACAUGAUCUUCUGAAACACACACCAUGUGAUCACCAUGACAGUAACCUGCUACAAGAAGCUCUCCGUGUCUCCAGCAGUUUCCUGUCUGGGGUCAAUGAGGGGUCACAGCAGAAGAGAGCUGUCACUCUCAGCAGAGGAGAGAGACGGCAGCUAGUGCGUGAUGGUUUUGUGGUGGAUGUCUGUGAGGGUGGACGGAGCCUUAGACACCUGUUUCUUUACACAGACCUACUGCUAUGUGUCAAACUGAAGGGUGGGACUAUGGGGAGGCAGCUUCACUACAGGUUUUGUUGGUAUAUGCCACUAGCGGGAUUAAAGAUGCACUGGGCAGCAGAGCAGGACCCAUCAGCUGACCUUCAGCUUAAAAUCAGUAACAUGAGAGCAAAGAUGUUUCACUGCAGACGCAUGCUUCAAGAGUAUAUGAGAGAGAGUAAAGGGUCUGUUUCUCGUGCUGCUGAUCGCUGUAGAAGAAAGCUUGAAGCCUGUGAGCUUUGGCUUCUCACACACACCCCUUCUUUCAUCUUAGAGUUACAUAGCCCUAACAGCAAGAGUCACAUAAUCCAUUUAUCUUCUCUACAUGAGCUUGAUGAGUGGAGAGAGGCGAUAAGCAAACACAAAACAGAGGACCUUGAAACAGUGCUGCCGGACUUACUCUCUCUAGCCAACUCUUGUGUCAAAUUGAGAAUGACACAACAGCUGCCUCUUUGCUGCCUUCAGCCUGAAAAAGUGAAUAGCAUGUGUGGGAGCCUGAGCGUGGUUGUGCAUACAGCCUGUGGUUUACAGCAGCCUGCAAGUGUCUAUGUGUGUGUUGAAGUUGAUGGCUUUGAGAUUUUUGACAGAAGGGCACAGACAUGUCUUUCCUCUUACAGUUUGACACCACAGUGGGACCAGGAGUUGGUGCUUCAGGUGGAUGGAGCUCAGCAUCUGCGACUGCUGUGUCUCUCUCAGUCUCAGGAGGAUAUCAUGGGCAGAGCAACCUUACAGUUGGAUUCUCUCGAUAUGCUAAAGAAGUGGAAGAAAAUGACCUUGAAUUUGGGCCUGAUAGAGGUGAUCAUAUCAAUUAAAUACACACCCCACCCCCUGGAGCCACCCAGCUUCACUCCACUCCAGCAGAAGACUGUUUUCUCUGUGCUAAUUGGAGAUGUAGCAAGACAGGAGGGUGUGCUGGUGCCUCAUAUAGUGCGCUCCUGUGUGGAGGAGAUUGAGAGGAGAGGACUGGAAGAGGAGGGUAUCUACAGAAUCUCAGGAGCUAGCAGAGAGAUUCAAGCUCUCAAACAUGCAUUUGACACAAAUUACUGGGAGGCUGUAAGUAAGGUGAGAAGUGUGGAUGUGAAUACAGUUUCUGGAACUCUCAAGCUGUACUUUAGAGAACUGCCUGAGCCUCUCAUUCCUACUGACCAUUUCCAGAGUCUAUCCAAAGCACUGGCAGACCUGGCUGACCCGUACCACAGAGCCGAAAUGAUGCUGUCUGAGCUACAGUCCUUCCCUGACGUAAACCGCAACACCCUUCUCUUCCUAUUACAUCACCUCAAACGGGUUGCACAGAAAGCAGAGCAGAAUAAGAUGUCUCUCAGUAAUCUGGCCACAGUGUUUGGCCCCAGUCUCUUGCGCUCCCCAGUGGCCAGUCUUAAUCAUUGUGGCCCACCAGUGGACAUCUCUCAGGAGGUCGAAGUUCAGGUCCAAGUAAUUUACCUCUACCUCCAGAAUCAGAAUCUUCCAGAAGCUGUCACUACCAAACUGCUAGAAACAGAAGAAGAACCAUGACAGUGUUCCUCAGGGAUGAGGUCAGCUAAGAAUGCUUCAUCCUAUUGCUGGAUUCCAGCAGGAAUCCAUAAGUGCUAUUGUAUUGGGUAUGAUGGUACUAUGCUGAUGUAGUGCAAAGCUAGCCAAUGGAGGAUGUGUCUUGGGUUAUGUAUACAAAACUGAGCAUUUAGUUGUUGGAUAGACAGAGGACUUGUGUUGGCCCAGACCCUUUGACUUUUAAAGGUUGGUAAUUAUUGUGCAAUACAAGAUAUGUAGGUAGUGGGUAGGAAUUGACUGUACUUAAAAUGUGACAAAAAUACGGUUGAUUUUCUGUUGAGUUGGUGUGAAAUAAGAAUCUAUAUCCUGUAUAUUUAUUUUAUUUAUAAAAUAAAAUGUAAACUUUCAUAAAA